GUCGGCCAGUGUCCCGCAGGACGACCGGACACACGCCGCGCCGCGAGUGACAGUACCACCACCUGAUAAUGCACCUGCAAUAGAGCAACAUGACCAGCGGUUCUCGGGAAGAGUUACUGGGCAACUCUCAGGACGGGCUCAGGAACAGCCAGAAUGACCUGCGCAACACGUACGAGCGGCCCCUCACUAGGGAGGAGAAGACGUUCCUGCUGCACGCCGACAGGGGAGACUACAGCACUGUCGAGAAGUUGAUACAGCAGUACAAGAACAAGCCGGAGCUGCUGGACAUCAACUGCGUGGACCCGCUCAACCGGUCCGCGCUCAUCGCCGCCAUCGAGAACGAGAAUAUCGAGCUCAUCAGGCUGCUGCUGGAGGCGGGGAUCAAAGUUAACGACGCUUUGCUGCACGCGAUCAAGGAGGAGUACGUGGAGGCGGUGGAGAUGCUGCUGCAGUGGGAGGAGACACACCACGUUCCCGGCGAGCCUUAUAGCUGGGAAUCAAUAGACACUGCAAACGCGACCUUCACGUCUGACAUCACGCCGCUCAUCCUGGCCGCGCACCGCAACCACUACGAGAUCCUCAAGAUCCUGCUCGACCGCGGCGCCACCCUGCCCGUGCCCCACGACGUCAAAUGCGGCUGCGACGAGUGCGUGAAGUCGUCGGAGGAGGACUCGCUGCGGCACUCCCAGUCGCGGAUCAACGCCUACCGCGCCCUCUCGUCGCCCUCCCUCAUCGCUCUGUCCUCCGCCGACCCCGUCCUCACAGCCUUCGAGCUGUCCUGGGAGCUCGCCAAGCUGAGCGUCCUCGAGACUGAGUUUAGGAUAGAAUAUAGGAGUUUAAGACAACAAGUCCAAGAGUUCUCGACCUCUCUCUUGGACCACACGCGAACUUCCACUGAGCUGGAGAUUAUGCUGAACUACAACCCGUGGGACAUGGACAGCUGGGAGCCAGGGGAGCGACAGACGCUGGGCAGACUGAAGCUAGCCAUUAACUACAAGCAGAAGAUGUUUGUGGCGCAUCCAAACGUACAACAGUUGCUAGGCGCGAUUUGGUACGACGGUCUGCCCGGCUUCAAGAGAAAGAGCAUGGUUGGACAAUGCAUACAGGUAGCGAAGCUGGGCGCCAUGUUCCCCGUGUACUGCUCCAUCUACAUGAUGUCGCCGGAGUCGGAGACGGGCCAGUACAUGAAGAAACCCUUCGUCAAGUUCAUCUGCCACAGCUCAUCAUACAUGUUCUUCCUAAUGUUACUAUCUCUAGCAUCGCAGCGUGCGGAGUACCUGGUGCUGGAGUAUUCUGGGAUCUCGUGGCUGCAGGAGCUGGUGGAGUUCUGGAAGCAGCGGGAGCGCGGUUCGCUGCCCGGCCUCAUAGAGUUCACCAUCAUCAUCUACAUAGCAAGUUUAAUCUGGGGCGAGAUCCGGUCGCUGUGGAACGGCGGGCUGCUGGAGUACAUCAGCGACCUGUGGAACAUCGUUGACUUCAUCACCAACAUGUUCUACGUCGGCUGGAUCAGCCUCCGCUUCACGUCAUGGUAUAUUGUGCAGAGAGACUAUCACAUGGGCAAAGAUCCUUGGUACCCGAGGGAGCGGUGGGACGCUUUCGACCCCAUGCUGUUGUCCGAAGGCGCCUUCGCGGCCGGCAUGAUCUUCUCCUACCUCAAGCUGGUGCACAUCUUCUCCAUCAACCCCUACCUUGGGCCGUUGCAGGUGUCCCUGGGCAGAAUGAUCAUCGACAUCAUCAAAUUCUUCUUCGUCUACAUGUUGGUGCUCUUCGCGUUUGGUUGCGGUCUGAAUCAACUGAUGUGGUACUACGCAGAGCUGGAACAACGGAAAUGUUAUCAUCUACCGAACGGCCUCCCCGACUUCGACAACCAGGAACGCGCUUGUACUAUAUGGAGACGAUUUGCCAACCUAUUCGAGACCUCGCAAUCUCUCUUCUGGGCAUCCUUCGGCUUGGUAGACCUGACGACCUUCGAGCUGACCGGCAUCAAGAGCUUCACGCGGUUCUGGGCGCUGCUGACGUUCGGCUCGUACUCCGUCAUCAACAUCAUCGUGCUGCUCAACAUGCUCAUCGCCAUGAUGUCCAACUCCUACCAGAUCAUUUCGGAACGCGCGGACAUCGAGUGGAAGUUCGCUCGCAGCAACCUCUGGAUGUCGUAUUUCGAGGAUGGGGACACCGUGCCGCCGCCAUUUAACAUCAUCCCCACCCCUAAACACGUCAACGGCUGGAUCAAGAACGUCUGCAGCAAGCGGGACAGAGGCUCCAUCAUUAACAAGUCACGCGAGAAAGCGCGGCAACAGCACGAGGCGGUGAUGCGCGUGCUAGUACGGCGAUACGUGACAGCGGAGCAGCGGGCGCGAGACGAGGUUGGCGUGACGGAGGACGACGUGAUGGAGGUGCGCCAGGACAUCUCCACGCUGCGCUAUGAGCUCUUCGACAUAUUCGCCACCAACGGCAUGAAGACGCCCAGGGUUAAGGAUCAGGCUGCGAUUGCGGGCAAGAAGGGUAAAGUGAUGGAGAGAAGAAUCCUGAAGGACUUCCAGAUUGGUAUAGUGGAGGGGAUAAUAAAGGACGUGAUCACGAAGGAGGGCAAACCCAAGGACGUGUUCAGUCAGAUCGCGAAGGCCAUCCAGAGGAAAGGCAGCGAACAGGAGAAGAAGAAGGAUUGGAACGCCCAAGUGCGUCGCAGCACGCUGAGACGCAACCCCAUCGGCAGCGCCGCGCACCGCCAGUCGCUGCGACAGCACAUACUCGACAACGUCGAGGGACGAACUAUCGACCCACAGAAACUAUUAGAAUACAAUCCACAACUAGAGACUGUAACGCCCACCACGAGAGUGGCGUACGCCAAAUUCAUGAAGAAGAAGAUAAAGUCGGACUUCUCGGAGAAGGAAAAAUCUGACGAGGAGGCGGCCAAGUCGUCCCAGCCAGCCGCCGCCGCAGCCGCCAAGAUCAAACUACCACUUCCGAUUAGAGUCAAAUCACCAAUUCCAGAAGGUUCAGACGAAGAAACGGUUAAUAUUAAGGAAAUUAUUAAAGUUAAAGCUGAAAUAGAAAAACAAGGCUCUCAAGCCAAAGCAGCUGAAGGAGAAAAAGCAGACGAACCACAACCGUCAUCAUCAACUGACAAGCCUACCACACCACAACCAUCUACGUCGGCAGCGGCUGCGGCAACAGCUCCAGCAGCAGCACCGGCAGCAGCACCGAAGCCGGCGCCGGCAGCUGCUAAGCCAGCAGCCGCGCCGCCCGCAGCUGCAGCAGAAAAACCUGCACCCAAACCCGAACCAAAACCAGACAAACCACCAGAAAAACCAGCGGCCGCUAAACCAGAGGAAAAGAAAGAAACAGUUAUUCAAAUGGAAGAACCGGGAUCUCCUUCUAAGAAUCUGUAUAUGACGAAAGAGGAGGAUAAAAACUUACAGAAACCGAUGACCCCGACCCAGAGCGGACCGCAGGAACAAAUUCUUUCAGCAUCAGCUCUAGAGAAAGAAGCAGAGAAAGCAGAAGUAAAGGUAACUAUAACAGAAGAUAAACCCAAAGAAGAGAAAACAGAGAAAGCUGAAAAGACAGAUAAGCCAGAGAAACCUAAAAAACCGAAACCCGCACCUGCGGCUGCGCCCCCGCCACCGACCAAACAAAUAACUGACAAAGGUAAAUCUAAAGUUACGGGGAAAAUGGUAUCUGGAUGGUUAUAGAUGUUAAGAAGUUUACUAUAGGAACUUAGUACAUUUUACACACCAAAAUAGUGGUAUCUUGAGCUCGCAAAAAAUUGUGAAACUGAUUUUAGCAGUUUAUUGCAAAUUCAUUAAAAUCUACUCAGCCUCGAAUAGUCAGAACUCCGCCUGAGAACUAUCAGAUAUUCCUAAACAGAUCUCAUCGUAGACUUUUCCUAUUAUCGGACUCGAAAGAAAUACUACAGAUUAGUUUAUAAAAUAAAUUAAUCACAACGUGAUAGUCGAUAGGAAAUAGCAACUCAUUAGUCUGCCAUAAAACACUGCGUACUGAUAUUUAUUCCACAAACUGCAUUUGAAGUGCAUUGAAAAAUAGUUUUUAAGUAGCAGGAAAUAUGAGAGAGAAUCUUAUGAAAAUGUUAUUUUAUUUUCAUGUAUGUGCCUUAUGUAGGGGCCGCAUUUAGUGGAGUAGGCGGUAUACGUACUAGUGAGAUAGGAUAAGGCAAUAAUUAGGUCUAACUUAAGUAUGUGAUGUAAGUAGAAUAAGAUGUUAUUUAUUGUCAAUCAUAUUUUAAUUGUUGUUAUUUUAAUUUUAAUAAACCAUUAUGUUGCUUUUA